AUGACAAACGUUAUUACCCUUUUAUUCGUCCUGUUUGUGUGCAUUCUAAAGUAUAAUUGGGGUUAUAAGGAGAAGAUAAAUUAUCCUCGUUUCUUUUUGGAUAAUAGUAGUAAUGUUACACAGAAUAAAAUAAUGUUCAUGGGAAAAUAUGAUAAUAUUAAGAAAAGGUGUAGGAAUAAAUUAAAUGAUAAUAAUAACAUAAAUGUAGGAGAAUUAAAAAUUGGAAAAGUGUAUGAUGUUAUAAAUAAUGAUAUAUAUGUUAAAUUAAAAAAUGAGAAUGAAGAUACAGUUAUUAUAAAAAGGGAGAAUAAUUACUUACUAGAAAACGAGCUUUUGUAUGACUACCUCGUCAACUCCAAUUUGAUUGGAAGGGCGUUGUACAGUAAACUGUUGAAAAGGAUGACUGAAAAUGGUGAAGGCAAAAAGGGCACUAACGGUGCAAGCGCGUCAAGCUUGUUAAGCGUGUCAACUGAUGCUAUCGAUGUUGAUGCUUCAACCGAUUCAACUGAUUCAUCCAACUGCGUAGUUUUAAUCAAAGAAAUAAACGAAAAGGACGAAAUUGUGGGGGAGUUGUACACAAAUGAAAUAAGUAAGAGGAAAGAGAAAAUUUAUGACAAAUUAACUGAACUAAAAAAUUUAGAAAAAAGGAUUUUUAUAAAAAUUAUAAAAAAUGUAAGAAAUAAAUAUUUUGUAGUUUUAAUAAAUGAUUGUAUUAGAGGAUAUUUACUAUAUGAUGAAGAGGACAAGGAUGAAAAAACAUUGUUACUCAAUUCAUUGAAGGGGCUAGCACAAAAACUAAGUGCAUACAUAAUUGACGUAAAUAAGAAGCUAGAAUAUGUGUUUCUAUCAUUAAAAAAAUAUGCUAAGCAUAUUUUAAAUGAAAAGUUAGAAGAAUUACAACAUACAGUCAUUGUAGAGAAUUUAUUUGAGAAUAAUUAUUUCAAAGCAGAAGUAUCUCAUUUCUGUAAUGAAGGAAAUAAUAUAAUAGUAAAAAUAUUUGAAAGCAAAAAUAAUACUAUAAAGGUUAAAAUAAAAUCUCAUCAUAUUAUUAAUACAAGAAAUAUAUUACGUAAUUUUGAUCAAUUAAAAAGUAAAGUUAUCACUAACGAGUUUAUGAAACAUAGUACUAAUACAUCUGAUGAAGGACAAGAAGAAAAAAAAAAUUUUUCUCAAAUGGAAAUACAGAAGGAUGAUUAUGAUGAAUAUAAUACAUUACAACAAAACAAAAAAAGAAAAGGUAUGUCUAAAAAGGAAUAUAUGGAAAAAUUCAAAAAGUUUAAAGAAGAACUCUACGGUUGUAAGGAAGUAGAUGCAUUAAAGUACAUCAAUGUUGAUGAUUAUAUAUAUAAAAAAGAAAAACUUCUUUACGUUAGAAUUAUUAAUAAAACAUUAGAUAAAAAUAUGUAUGAAGGUAGUAUGAUAAAUGGUGAUACCUUAAACCAAGAAAUAUAUAAUCUUAUGACAAAAAUGGCGAGUAAGCAAAAUAUUGUUACGGAGUAUGAUGACAAGUUGAGGUAUCCCUCCAGUGUACUCGGCUUUUUCAAUAAUUAUGUUAUUCUGUCCACUAGAAUUUUGAGGCCCGACGUAAACAAUGGUGAUAUUGGUAGUGGUAAUAGUGGAGAUGGACACAGCGCGAACGUAGCAACAACCGGAUGCAGCAAAGUUGGAGGGGAAAACGUGAAAGACGUUAUUACGCUUAUAGAGAAGCGGUACAUAGAUUAUGAAAACCUUAAAAAGGGAGACAUUUUUUUUACUCGAUUUGAUAAUAUAAAAAGGCGUAAUAUUCGUAAUAUAUUUCACUUGCCCAAUAGUACAAUAAAUAAAGUAUAUAAUACUUAUUUUAAAAGAGAAAAAGAUAUGCUCAUACUCAACAGUAUUAGGGAAAAAAAAAAGAACAUACAGGAACGUGAUCCGAAAAGAGAUAACAAUGCAGAAGAGACGGAUGUUCGCACAUAUGUAAGUAGCGGAAGUGGUGAGUGUAUUGGCAGGGAUGAGGGUCGCAUCAGUGAUGGGAAUAGCGAUAUGCCAAGUAAGUAUAUAGAAAGGAAUAAAGCACUGGAUCAAAAAAUAUUUGAAGAAAUAUUUUUCGAAAAACAUAAUAUAUACAUCAUGAGGGGAGAACUACACAAAGAUACAGAAUAUCGUUUAAAUAAAAACAAUAUAGAUAAAAGCUUUAAAUCAUUGAAGCAUAUAUGUGAUACGUAUUAUUCUGGUAUUAACAAAGCGUAUCAUCUCUACCCGAGUAUAAGGGAGGAAUAUAUUUUGGCCUAUUUAGGAAAGGAUAACUAUAAAAUGUAUAGAAAAAUGGUUGCUGAUUACUUUUCGUUAAAUGAAAACUCAUAUAAAGAACUUUUACAAGUUGAAUGUGAAGAACUGGCAAGCACUGUUUUUGAUUUUGUAUAUGAAAACCCGAAAGAACUAACAGUAGAAUUGGUUAAUAAUUAUAAUAGACAUUUAUAUGAAAAAAUGAAAAAGCUUAACAUAAAUGAAUUAAAUUAUGUAUUAAAAGAUUUAAAAAAAUUAAAAAAUAAAUUAUUUAUAUAUCCAUGUAGUUAUGAAACUAAAAAAGGAAGAAUAAACUUAGUAUUAAAUAAUCAAAAACCAAUUACAAAACAGCAUAUUAUGAACUUAAAUAUUGAUGAAGAUGUAAAAAGAGAGUUAUUAAAAGCAUAUAAAAAUUUUAUCAAUCCACUUGAUUAUAUAAAAGAUUUAAUAUUAAAAAAAAAACAAGCCAAAUGCAGAGAAAACAGUAAAAUGCCUGUUAUUUAUCUCUUAGUUGAAGAAACUAUAAACUUGUAUGAAAAUUCAGCAAAAGAUGUGGAACCUCAUACGGAAGAACAACUUGAGGUCUUCAAGGCCCACAUUUUAAAGAAAAGAAAAAAUGUACAUAUUGUUGAGAACGAUAAUGAUAAUUUUCGGGGCGAUUUAUUUGAUCCCGAGAACAGCCAACUUAGGAGAAUUCUGAACAUGAUAAAAGAGGACCUGGAAAAGCAGAAGAAAAAAAACAAGAUGGAUGAAGUGGACAAGUACUACGAAGAAGAACAGAAAAGUUAUUCCGAUGCAACUGAUCUGUACAAAAUUUUCCCCCAAUUGGAAGAAAUGGACAAAUUAACUGAAGAUAUGUUUUACAUGAAAAUUCCUUUUGUCGAGUAA